UCUUGAUUAUUUUUGUUGUUGUUGAUUUAAUGAAUAUUUUCAUUGAAUCUCAUUCAAUUAUCAUUCCAAAUAACAAAUCUUUGGUUAUAAAUCGUAAAGAAUCAAGAAAAUUAAUACAAACUGUACCAAUUUUAGGACCACCAUCAUCACAAUCACCAUGUGUAAUAUCGAAAAGAUUAUUUCUCCUGUUAUUAUUACCAAAAGCAUUAGUUUAUAAAUGUUUUACGACAACAACAACAACAGAACCUAUUGUUACUGAAACUGAAACUGAACCGGUGAUUCCAUCAACAACGAUAAUAUAUCCACCAUAUUAUUAUCCAUAUUAUCUAUUUUCCGAAAAUAGUAAUUGUCGUAGACCAACAUCGUUAACAAAUCGAAAUCCAAAUUAUAAUCGUCCAAGACGACGAAGAAGACGACGACGACGAAGGAGAAGACGGCGUCGACCAAAUCAACAACAACAACGUCGACAAAAAAAAAGAAAACGAAGACGACGAAAACAACAACAACGUCCUAGAUGGUUGGCAGUUGCCAAAAAACGUCCAUUAAAUCGACGACAGAAAAUAAUCGAUCAAUUUGAUGAUUCGAAUGAUAAUGAUGAUGAUUUUUUUAAUUUGAAAAAAUCAAAAUUAACAAAACAACAACAACAACAACCAAAACAAAAACAACAAAUUCAUACUUUACUUUAAUCACAUUAUUCAAUCUCAUGAUGUUGUU